AUGGCGGCGGGCGUGGACGUGCAGGCCGCCACCUCGUCGACAUCCGCCUCCUCUUCCUCGCCGUCGUCGACCUCCUCGCACCCGAAGCGCCCCGCCGGGCGCACCAAGUUCAAGGAGACGCGCCACCCGGUGUACCGCGGCGUGCGGCGCCGGGGCAACGCCGGCCGCUGGGUGUGCGAGGUGCGCGUCCCCGGGCAGCGCGGCGAGCGGCUCUGGCUCGGAACGUACCUCACAGCCGACGCGGCCGCGCGUGCGCACGACGCCGCCAUGCUCGGCCUGCUCGGUCGCUCCGCCGCGUGCCUCAAUUUCGCCGACUCCGCUUGGCUCCUUGCCGUGCCGCCCGCGCUCGCCGACCUCGCGGCCGUCAGGCGCGCGGCCCUCGCCGCCGUGGCGGACUUCCAGCGCCGGCAUGCCCCCAACAGCGCAGCCACCGUCCCCGCUGAUGAGGAGACCUCCGGCGCGUCCGCUCUGUCGUCUGCGGACAAUGCGAGCGGUUCGUCAGCGACGUCGCAACCUUGGGCCGAGGGAACGUUCGAGGUGCCGUCCGCGCUGGGCAGCGACAUGUUCGAGCUGGACUUGUCCGGGGAGAUGGACCUGGGCACGUACUACGCGGACCUCGCGGACGGGCUGCUCCUGGAGCCGCCGCCGUCGCUGGACAGCGGGGCGUGCUGGGACACCGGAGACGGCGGAGCUGACUCCGGGCUCUGGAGCUACUGA